CAGGGAGAACUACUGCGGAGUCGUGGGCGGGCUGCUGCGUGGGCUACAGCGCGCAGCGGGCCAAUUGGCGGGGUGCCGGGGUCGCAGCCAGGAGAGGACAACGCUCACACUAGGAACAGCGAGCGGAGCGCGGAAUCCAUACUGCUCCGCGGGGAAACCGGGGCAGACGAGCUCCCAGGACCCAGCGCCCGGUCGUGCCGGGCGGGGCCGCGCAUGCAAAUACGCCGGGCGCGAGGGCGGGCGCAGGAAGCCGGGGCGGCUCCAUGUAGCUCCCAGGAAAGCCCCGCGACCCGCGGGCCAGACCCUGGCGGACCCGGGGUCCGCCACUUCCCGCUCGGGCGUUCGGACGGCGAAUGGAGCAAGAGCGCUCAGCAGGAGACUUUGCAUCUCCCAAUGGGGCGACUUCGCUGUGGGUGCCUGUUCCCCAUGAGCUGCCUGUUCCUGCUGUGGGUGGCAGGCACUGGGGGUGUUGAAGUCCUGCGCGAGCCCACUUGCUUCUCCGACUUCCUCAGCACCUCCACCUGCGAGUGGGAGAUGGACAGUCCCACCAACUGCAGCUCCGAGCUCCGUCUGUCGUACCAGCUGGACUACGACCUGUCCCCUGAAAACUUCACGUGUGUCCCUGAGAACAGCGAAGAUGCCAUGUGCAUGUGCACCCUGUUUAUCACGGAGGACGUGACCUCAGCUGACAGCUACAAGCUGGCCCUGUGGGCUGGGAGGCGGCUGCUGUGGACUGGCUUAUUCAUACCCAGCGAGCAUGUGAAACCCAGAGCCCCAGCAAACCUCACGGUUCAUGGCGACAUCUCCAACACAUGGCUGCUGACCUGGAGCAACCCGUACCCUCUUGAGAAUUUCCUGUAUACUGAGCUCAUCUACCUGGUCAACGUUUCCAAUGAAAACGACCCUGCGGAUUUCAAAAUCUAUAAUGUGACCUACUUAGUACCUACCCUUCGCCUCCCAGCCAGUACCCUAAAGUCUGGAGUUACCUACAGUGCACGGGUCAGGGCCUGGUCUCAGAGCUAUAACAGCACCUGGAGUGAGUGGAGUCCCAGCGCCAAGUGGCUUAACAACUACGACCUGCCCUUCGAGAAGCGCCUCCCACUCAGCGUCAGCAUCUCCUGCGUGGCCAUCCCAGCCAUCUGCCUGUUCUUCUACUACAGCUUUGUCAGGAUUAAGAAAGAAUGGUGGGACCAGAUCCCCAACCCGGCCCAUAGCCCCCUGGUGGCGAUCGUUAUCCAGGACUCUCAGAUGUCGCUGUGGGAGAGGCGGUCCCGAGGCCAGGAACCAGCAAAGUGCCCACACUGGAAGACUUGUCUUACAAAGCUCCUGCCCUGUUUGCUGGAGCACGGCGUGAAAAGGGAUGAGGAUGCCCCCAAGGCUCCCAGGAACAGGCCCUUCCAGGGCCCUGGAAAGCCAGCGUGGCGCCCCGUGGAGGUCAGCAAGACGGUCCUCUGGCCCGAGAGCAUCAGCGUGGUGCAGAGCGUGGAGCUGUUUGAGGCCCCGGUGGAGAGCGAGGAGGAGGAAGCGGAGGACGAAGGGAGCUUCUGCACGUCGCUGGAGGGCAGUGGGAGCAGCUUCCAGGACGGGAGAGAGGGCAUUGUGGCCAGGCUGACAGAGAGCCUGUUCCUGGACCUGCUCGGGGACAAGGACAAUGACCCUGGCCAGCAGGGCUUGGGAGAGUUGUGCCUUAUUCCGCCGUCAGGGAGCGCGCACGCUCAGAUGCCCUGGGCUGAGUUCCCCAGGGCAGGACCCAAGCAGGCAUUUUCGCAGGGUGAGGAGCAGCCCUUCGACCUGGAGCCAGAUCCUCCAGCCAGCCUGCCCCAGGGCCCCACCGGCUUGACUGGCACGGAGAUGCCCGUGGUCAUCGCAGACAACCCUGCUUACCGCAGCUUCAGCAGCUCCCUCAGCCAGUCCCCAAGUCCCGGAGAACUUGGCCCAGACCUCCAGCUGGCCGCACACCUGGAGGAAGUGGACCCCGAGAUCCCCUGUGUCCCCCAGCCCUCUGAGGCAACCAGUAUGGUCCAGCCUGAGCCUGAAACCUGGGAGCAGAUUCUCCGCCAGAGUGUCCUCCAGCACAGGGGAGCCUCAGCCCCCGCCUCAGCCCCGGCCAGUGGCUACCGCGAGUUCACGCAUGCAGUGGAGCAGGGCAGCACCCCCUAUGGUGCAGGGGCAGGCUGCAGCCCUCCCGGAGACGCUGGGUACAAGGCUUUCUCAAGCCUGCUUGCUAGCAGUGCUGGGGCCCCAGGGACCCCUGGAUGUGGGGUCAGCAGUGGGGAAGGGGGCUACAAGCCCUUCCAGAACCUCCCUGGCUGCCCUGGGGACGCAGUCUCAGUCUCUGUCCCUCUGUUCUCCUUUGGACUGGACCUGGAGCCGCCUCAGAGCCCUCAGAACUCACUCCUCCCCAGCAGCUCCCCAGACCACCUCGGCCCAGAGCCCAUGGGUAAGGGAGACAGCAGGCAGAAGCCCCUGCUGUCCCCAGAGCAGGCCACAGAUGCCCUCAGGGAUGACCUGGGCAGUGGCAUUGUUUACUCAGCCCUCACCUGCCACCUAUGCGGCCACCUGAAGCAGUGCCAUGGCCAGGAGGAAGGUGGCCAGGUGCAUGUGGCCAGCCCCUGCUGUGGCUGCCGGUGUGGAGACAGGUCCUCACCCCCAGAGAGCCCCCUGAGGGCCCUGGUCCUCUCUGGAGGUGGGACUCCACUGGCCUCCCUGGCACCUUUGGACCUCUCGGAGGGUAAGUCCUCCCUAUCCUUCCAGCCUGCCCCUGGCAAUACCCAGGGCUCAAUCCAGACCCCCAAAAUGGGGGACCUGGUCUCCACAGGGCCCAGUUGCACCAGGGCCUCCUAGGUGGUGCCCUCGUGAAGCCCACAGGCAAGGACUGGAGCUAAUCCUGCCUGGGAAAUGCCUCCUCUUGGAAGGCAGCCAGGUUGGCAUAUUUCCAAGAGACAACUGAGGUAUGAAGGUGGGCAGUGGGCUACAGGGACUGGACCUGGCCUUCACAUUGGCCUGGCCUCAUCCCUCAGGAGUGGCGGCCACUUGGCAUUGUGCCCCCAGCAGGCACUUCCAGGAAUCAUGAGGUCCCUGGGCACCUCGACUUAGGCACGAGUAUCCUCCACUCCACCGACAGCUUCUGAGAGGACUGUCCCUAUCGUCCUGCCGCAGGCGUGCUCUGUCCACCAUCAGGUGCCCACGUCUGACCCCAGUCCUUGGAGUCAGCUGCCUCCAUACCUCUGGAAGCUGAGCCUAGAAACUAUUGAAGCCAAUGAGAGGAUGACUUGUGAGGCCUUGGGGAACUGAUAGGAAACAGCUCCUCCACCUGGAGCUGCCCGUGCAAUCAGCAGCACUUCCUGUGUCCAUGCUGGAGGUGUCGGGAGGUGCCCCGUCAAGCGGAGGCCACAGAGAAGGCCAUGGGGACCAGCAGGUGGCAUAAUGGUUACAUUGCUGGGCUCCCACUAGUCGACCGUAGUUCGAGUCCUGGACCCAGUGACUUAAAGCUCACACUGGCCAUGUGUGCGUGUGUGCCCAGGAUC